UCGGUUCCCGCGCAAGUGUGUGUCCCGAGGCGUUCUGGUUCCCAUCGGCUGUGCUUCCCGUUUUCAUGUUCGUGCCCUGCGCGGGUCAUUGCUUGCGGACCUGGAUUGGGCACAGGGCAGGUUGAGCAAACCAGGCGUGUGCACUCCGGAGGAGAAGCGAGAGGAACGGGCCGCUUGUGGAGCUUGUUGCCGAGUCUGCUGUGAAGUGAAGCCCAGGUUCCAGGGAUGUACAUGCAGGUGGAGACACGAACCAGCACCCGCCUCCAUCUGAAGAGGGCUCCAGGCAUCCGGUCUUGGUCCCUGCUGGUCGGAAUAUUAUCCACUGGCCUGGCUGCUGCCUAUUACAGUGGAGAUAGUCUGGGCUGGAAGCUCUUCUAUGUCACAGGCUGCCUGUUUGUAGCUGUACAGAACUUGGAGGACUGGGAGGAAGCCAUUUUCAACAAGAGCACUGGGAAGGUCAUCUUAAAGACAUUCAGUCUCUACAAGAAGCUGCUGACUCUUCUCAGAGCAGGCCAUGACCAAGUGGUGGUCCUGCUAAGAGACAUCCAGGAUGUGAAUGUGGAGGAGGAGAAGGUCCGUUACUUUGGGAAGGGCUACACUGUGGUGCUCCGGUUCGCGACAGGCUUUUCCCACCCCCUUACUCAGAGUGCAGUCAUGGGCCGCCGCAGUGAUGUGGAAGCCAUUGCCAAACUCAUCACCAGCUUCUUGGAGUUGCACCGCCUGGAGAGCCCCUCAGAACGGUCACAGAGCAGCGACAGUGAAGCCGAUGGCCCUGGUGACCAAAGCUGACAGCGUGGAGCAGCUGCUGGUAAAUGCCACCCAUUUCUGACAUGUCUCCAACUGACUUGCCCGUUAUGAGGGUGCAGGCAGAUCUUGUGUGGACCACCUGCCUUUCGCUUGUUUAUGCUUCUACGCUUUGCAGAACCAUGGGCUGGACAUCUUCCACAACCCAGAAAGGCUGCAUCUAUCAGGAUGCGGGAGAUGGGUGCUACAUCCAGAGGAGGGCAGCAAAUCAGAAAUGAGUGCCUUCUCCAGAGACAGACUACAGCUCUGGCUUAGGUCACAGCCUGGUGUGGAUAAGCUCACCCAAGGGCAUCCAAGGUCAGCACAGGCCUAGUGUUUGCCUUGAAGAGGCCUGCCACCCCAGGCUAUGUAGUCAAGGCCCCACACUUCAUAGUGAGACUGAGACACCCACAUGCAUGUCAGGAGGACCCACUCCUGUGCACAGUGGUGCCGACUUGUGCUAUAAAUCAUGUCUCCUCUCCUGGACCAGCCCCCCUCAAGAUGGACAUUCUUGGUGGUCAGGGGCUUCCCUGAAGGCAGCCUGGCUGCAGAACUCUCAGAGAAGUCGGAGUGCUGCAGACUGCCCCGUUCCUGCCUGGACUGCUGAGAGCCCAGCAGUGUUGGAGCACCACUGUUAGGAACAGAAGGCUCUCCCAACCCAAACUGGGAAGAAGCUGCCAGUGGAGGAAAGGCCACCUCUUCUGGUUUUCUGCAGCCUUUGAGAACUAGGAGCUCCUUUACAGAAACUGAGUCUUAGCCUCCCAAGCCUUGGAAAGACCUGGGGAAGACAGGCACGUGAUACAUAUCCCUACAAAGUGAGGCAGGAAGAAAGUUGAAGGCCAGCCUGGGCACGGCCUCUUCCAACAGAAGCUGUUCCAGCCCCUGAUGGCCUUCUAUGCUCUUCUAGUUCUCUCUGAGGGACUCAAGUCCCCCACAAGUACAGUGUUCACUAAGUUGCCGGGAAGCGUGGCUUCCAGGCCUGAAAGCUGUGGACCUCUGGUCUACACACAACCCCCAAAGCUGCGUGCCUAUGCCUGGCCAGGUAGAACUGGGAAAACGAGGAGUUAUAAACAAAGAAGUCAAGGCGGCCACUGUACUGGGCUGGACAGGAAUAGUUACGCCAGAACCUUCAACAGGUCUUUUUGAAGUGACUGCUAUCAGUUCUGACUUGGGGAAUAUGGUUGAACAUGUCAAAGUAAGCUUUUGUUUUGUUUUACGAGACAGGGUUUCUGUGUUGCCCUGGCUGUCCUGGUACUUGCUCUGUAGACCAGACUGGCUUUGAACUCGCAAAGAUCUGCCUGCCUCUGCCUCCCAAGUACUGGGAUUAAAGGUGUGUGCCAACAUUGCCUGGCAGAAUGAGUUUUUUCAAUGGUCAAAUUGGACAAUUUUUUUUCUUCGCAAAUGAAGUGCGAAACAUAGCCAGUGGGUUCUGACUUGUCACCUACAGGCUCUUAAGGUACUUUAGACAAGGGAGGAGUCUGUCUCUCGGGUGCUGUCCUAUCCCUUUCCUCUAUUUCCCAGUGCUGGGACUCAUUCUUGGGUGAAGGAACGAAGCCCUCUAUGAGCCAGGGUGGUGGCAAAAAGCUGAUUCAAGUUUCUGUAAGUGGGACUUCUGCUUCUACUGUCUUUUUUUAUUUCAUAAUAAAGCUCUACAUGCAAAU